AUGGCUUCAACCGUCGAAAUCUCUCUGCCCAACGGCCUCAAGUACAAGCAGCCCACCGGCCUCUUCAUCGACAACAAGUUUGUCGAUGCGACGGGCGAUGACUUUACCGUGUACAACCCAGCAACCGAUGAGAAAAUCAUCGCUAUCAAGGGCGCCUCGGAAAAAGACGUCGACAAAGCUGUAGAUGCAGCUCGCCGUGCUUUCGAAGGUGAAUGGUCAGAGCUUGCGGCCGUCGAUCGCGGUGCUAUCUUGUACAAGAUUGCCGAGCUGAUUGACCGCGAUCGCAAGCUUCUUGCCAGCAUUGAUGCAUUUGACAAUGGCAAGACGUAUACCGCGGCACUUGAAGGUGAUCUCGAUGAAUCUUACAACGUCUUUCGGUACUAUGCUGGUGCCGCUGAUAAGAUCACCGGUCGGACGAUUGAGACUUCACCGGCGAAGCUUGCAUACGUACUCCAAGAACCUCUGGGAGUAUGCGGUCAAAUCAUCCCCUGGAACUUCCCCUUCAUGAUGCUAGCCUGGAAAGUCGCCCCAGCCCUAGCAUGCGGCAACACCGUCGUCCUCAAACCCGCCGAGCAAACGCCCCUCUCAGCAAUGUAUUUUGGCAACCUCGUCAUCGAAGCCGGCCUCCCCCCAGGCGUCGUUAACAUCAUUCCGGGCCUGGGCUCCGUGGCGGGUAAGGCGCUCGCAGGCCAUAUGGGCGUCGAUAAGAUCGCUUUCACUGGAAGCACGGCGACAGGUAGGGCCAUCAUGAAAGCGGCGGCUAAUAACCUCAAGAAUAUUACUCUUGAGUGCGGCGGAAAGAGUCCUAGCAUCGUGUUUGAGGAUGCGGAUUUAGAGCAGGCCGUGAAAUGGUGUCACGUCGGCAUCAUGGACAAUAUGGGACAAGUCUGCACCUCAACCUCGAGGAUUUACGUCCACGAGAACAUCUAUGAAGACUUCCUCAAGCGCUUCGUAGAAGUGACAAAGGAGAACCAAAAGAUUGGCGAUCCCUUUGGUAAAGAUACCUGGCAAGGUCCCCAGGUGUCGCGCACCCAGUACGAAAAGAUUGUCUCGUACAUCGACCAGGGCAAGUCUUCGGGCGCACGUCUCCUGCACGGCGGCGCAAAGACGGGGUCAAAGGGCUACUACCUUGAGCCCACUGUUUUCGCUGAUACCACCGAAGAUAUGGCCAUCGUUCGCGACGAAAUCUUUGGCCCCGUCGUCGCAAUCGCCAAGUUCCGCACCGUCGAUGAGGUCGUCGCCAAGGCGAAUGACACCUCGUACGGCCUGGCAGCCGCCCUCUUCACUGAGAAAGUUGCGAGGGCUCAUACGGUCGCUCGCAGACUUCAGGCGGGAAUGGUGUGGAUCAAUUCGUCGGGAGACUCGCACUUUGGCAUUCCAUUCGGUGGGUAUAAGUCGUCCGGCAUCGGAAGGGAACUUGGACAGUAUGCGCUGGAUGCGUAUACCCAAAGCAAGGCGGUUCAUGUGAAUCUGGGGUCGAAGCUGUGA